UUCGCUGCUCAGCCGGCUGCCGCUGGCGCCCGCCCCGGCCCCGCGGCGCCGCACGGCCAGCCAGUGCAAGCCGGAGCCGCCGCUGCUGCGCACCAGCAAACGGACCAUCUACACGGCCGGGCGGCCGCCCUGGUACAGCGAGACCGGCGCGCCCGUGGACGAGGCCUUUGUCAUCGGCCUGUGCGGCGGCAGCGCCUCGGGCAAGACCACGGUGGCGACUCGGAUCAUCGAGGCGCUGGACGUGCCCUGGGUCGUGCUUCUCUCCAUGGACUCCUUCUACAAGGUGCUGGACGAGGGGCAGCAGGCGCUGGCAGCCCGCAGUGACUACAACUUUGACCACCCCGAUGCCUUUGACUUCGAGUUGCUGAUCAGUGUCCUGCGCAAGCUGAAGAAGGGCAAGAGCGUGAAGGUGCCAGUGUAUGACUUCACCACGCACAGCCGGCGCCGUGAGUGGAAAACGGUGUAUGGGGCCAAUGUCAUCGUGUUCGAAGGAAUCCUGGCCUUUGCCAACAAGGAGCUGCUCAAGCUCCUGGACAUGAAAGUGUUUGUGGACACGGACUCUGACAUCCGGCUGGUGCGGCGGCUGCAGCGCGACAUCAUGGAGCGCGGGCGGGACGUGGCGGGGGUCAUCAAACAGUACAACAAGUUUGUGAAGCCGGCGUUUGAACAGUACAUCGAGCCCACCGUGCAGGUCGCCGACAUCGUGGUGCCCAGGGGUGGGGAAAACUUUGUGGCGCUGGACCUCAUCGUGCAGCACGUGCACAGCCAGCUGGAGAAGCGUGAGAUCACGGUCAGGGCGGCCCUGGCCUCUGCUCACCAAGGGCAGCCGCUGCCGAAGACGCUGAGUGUCCUGGAGAGCACACCGCAGGUGCGGGGCAUGCACACCAUCAUCAGGAACAAGGACACAACCAGGGAUGAAUUCAUCUUCUACUCCAAGCGCCUGAUGCGGCUGCUGAUCGAACAUGCCCUGUCCUUCCUGCCACUGAAGUCUGUCACUGUGGAGACGCCCCAGGGCACGAUGUACGAGGGGAAGCGGUUCCACAGGCAGCGGAUCACUGGCGUGUCCAUCCUGCGAGCGGGAGAGACCAUGGAACAAGCCCUGACCGCCGUCUGCAAGGACAUCCGCCUGGGCAAGAUCCUCAUCCAGACCAACCUGGACACGGGAGAGCCCGAGCUCCACUACCUGCGCCUGCCCAAGGAGAUCAGCGAGGACUACGUCAUCCUCAUGGACAGCACCGUGUCCACAGGGGCUGCGGCCAUGAUGGCCGUGCGUGUCCUGCUGGACCACGACGUGCAGGAGGACAGGAUCUUCCUGCUGUCACUGCUGAUGGCAGAGAUGGGGGUGCACUCUGUGGCCUAUGCCUUUCCCCGUGUCCGCAUCAUCACCACCGCCGUGGACAAGCGAGUCAACGAGGAGUUCCACAUCAUCCCGGGCAUCGGUAACUUUGGGGACAGAUACUUUGGAACCGAUGGCCCCUCGGGCUGGUGUGAGAGUGACGGCGUGAACUGCUGAGCUGGUCAGCCGUGGGGCCACUGGCCAGGCUGGCUGCAGGGCUG